AUGAAGCGUCUCAUGCAAUUUCCAAGAAAUCCAAGAAGCCCCAAUGGAAACGAUGUGGGAACUCAAUACAGAUCUGGCAUUUACUUCUACACUCCUGAUCAAGAGAAGGCAGCUUUAGAAUCCCGGGAUAGACACCAAAAGCUCUUGAACAUGAAGAUUGUUACCGAGAUUCUGCCCGCCAAGAAAUUUUACAGAGCUGAGGAGUACCAUCAGCAGCACCUGGCCAAGGGAGGGCGUUUUGGUUUCAGGCAAUCAGCCGAAAAAGGUCACCAUAUCUGCUUCUCUGUGUCCAACUUCGACUCCUUUGUUCAGAGCCUUAAGGAAAAAGGAAUCGAGGUACAUGAGAAGGCGCAACCAGAUGGGAAGACCAAACAAGCAUUUUUCUUUGAUCUAGAUGGGAAUGGAUUGGAGGUCUCUAGCCAGAGCCCCGUUCAAUAA